AACAGCGAGGAUGAAACAGCGUUAGCGCAUUUGUGUAAUACGUCGACGGCACGUCGACCUAGAAGUAGACUGGUAACUGGUUGGUUAUUAGAAAAAGAAAGAACGUUAAUAUUGUACUAGUUAGACCAAGAUAUAUGUAUAUAUAUACAAAGAUAAAGAGAGAGAAGAAAACAAAAAAGAAGGAUAUAUUUUAUAAAUCUGUGCCAAAGCGCGCAAGUGAGAAAAUAAUUAUUGGAGUAAACAAAGAAAAUUCGAUAGCUAAUGCUUUUGUGACGAGUGUUGGUGUGUCCGGAAGUCGAUUAUAUUCAUUGUUCAAUAUAACUCAUUUUUUCUCUUUGGUGUACAUUGUCAAAUUACUUGCUUGAUGAGGCUGAUGGAACCCCUGGGUAUCGCCCCCGAAACCGUAGAGAUACGUACAUUAACACGAUGGGCCCAAGUACCAGUUCAACAUCGUUAUACAGACUACUCAAAUUCAUUAGGAGAAGCUAAUCAUUUUACGGAUUGUCCUUUUCCGUCUCAAAAUUCAAUUAAUCGUAAGAUUGCAUUAUGGACUGGAGACAUAUCGGUGCUACAAGUUGAUGCGGUGGUGAAUCCUACCAAUGAAACUAUGAAUGACAAUAGUCCUACGUGCCAAAAAAUAUUUUCCCGAGCUGGUCCAGCGCUUAAUAUCGAAAUUGACAAUGACAUCAAAGAAUGUAAAACAGGUGAAGUACGAGUAACUCAAGCCCAUAAUUUACCUGCUCGUUUUAUUAUUCAUACAGUCGGGCCAAUUUACAAUGUCAAAUAUCAAACAGCAGCUCAAAAUACUUUACAUUGUUGUUAUAGGAAUGUUCUACAAAAAGCCAGAGAAAUGGGAUUGCGUACUGUUGCAUUACCUGUAAUUAAUUCAGUUCAUCGUAAUUAUCCACCAGAUGCUGGAGCGCAUGUUGCACUUCGUACGAUACGCCGUUUUCUAGAGCAGUAUAAUGAUUCAUUUGUCUGCAUUGUUCUCGUUCUUGAGCCCUGUGAUCUGGGUAUUUAUCAAAUUCUUCUGCCACUUUACUUUCCACGAAAUUACGAAGAACAAGAAAACGCAUGUUGGCAAUUACCAAGUGAUAUCGGAGGUCCUGAUGGUGAACCACUUUUGCCUGAUCGACAAAUUCGUAUCAUAGACAAUCCUCAGCAUACACUCCACAGCGAUGAAACGAUUGAAUUGUCAAGUCAGCUCGAUACCUCAUUGAAUCUUGGUGAGCAUGCAUUUACUCAGAUGCAAGGAGACUUAGAUAGACAAAGGCUGCUUGGGGAACGACCACUUACUGAUCCUAUUGCUGAUAUCAUGAUCAAGCAGAUGCAGCAAAAAGAAAGGUAUGAAAGAUUACUAAGACGAGCCAAAAUGGAAGAUUUGACUGAAGUUUCAGGAAUUGGUUGUCUUUAUCAAAGUGGUGUUGAUCGACAAGGAAGGCCAGUUGUCGUUUUUGUUGGUAAAUGGUUUCCAGCAACUAAAAUAAAUCUAGAUAAGGCCUUACUAUAUCUGAUUCAACUACUAGAUCCCAUUGUCAAAGGUGACUACGUCAUAGCCUACUUUCAUACACUUACCACCAAUAACAAUUACCCCAGUUUUCGAUGGUUACGUGAAGUAUACGACGUACUUCCUUACAAAUACAAAAAAAACCUUAAGCAUUUCUACAUCAUUCAUCCAACUUUUUGGACCAAGAUGAUGACUUGGUGGUUUACUACAUUUAUGGCACCAGCAAUAAAACAAAAAGUUCAUAACUUACCUGGUGUUGAAUAUCUAUACGAGGUAAUGCCUCCAGAUCAAUUGGAAAUACCAGCUUACAUUACGGAAUACGAUAUGACGAUCAAUGGAAUAAGAUAUUAUCAGCCCAUUCAAUCACCAGAUUCAUUAACGUAAUUACAAGAUCUAUGUGUGCAUUUUUUACUCUAUUACAUAAAGUAAAAAGACAAAAAAAAUUAUUUUGGCAAUUGUUUAUCGCCUUUGCACACGCUAGCCUUACCCCCAGAUAUUUGUACUGGGAAUCCUAUGCCCAAUUGAUGAAAAAAUAACGAUCGUAAAAAAAAGAGUAUGAGCUCAAAACAGUAGAUUUAAAAAAAAAAAUAUAACUUAAAAUAAAAGAACAAAAAAAUUAUUUACCAUGUUGAAUAUAAUAGAUUAUCGAAGACCGAAAGCAGUUACUUUUAAGAAAAAAAAGUAUGAAAUUUUUCAUCUGUAAGAUGAAAAUAUUAGACAACUGUAGGAAAAAAAAACGAAAUAACUGCCAAAGUAACAUCAGAAAUCAGUAUUUAUAUAGCAUCGUGCGAAACCUUGUAUUUCUUUUGAAUUAUUAUAAUUAGAAAGAAUUCCAAAAAAAUUCAUUAAAAUAUAAGUCCGCAAUGAAAAUUAGAUUCGAAAUUAGUGAACGUGCAUAAUAAUCUGUCUCUGAAUCUUUGAUGCGAUAAACUUUUUCAAGAUUGUCGAGAAAGUUUAUGUAUAUAUUAGGAUGGUCCUUGUUUGAUUGAUUUUUUGAUCUUUUUUACGCUCUAACAAUAUCUUAAGAAUAUCUCUGUAUUUAUGUUGGACAUCGAGGUAAUUAUUAUCUAAACGCGUGAAAUGGAAGAAAAGAAUGAUCAAAUUUUUGAGAUUCACAA